AUGAAGAAUAUCGUUGCAAUCUUAGCUUUUGUUCUUUUCGCCCUUACCAUUUUUGGCGCUGAUGCCGCAAGUAACAGUUCCUUGAAAAAAUGUCGAAAUGAUUUGAAAAAAGAACAAAGUAAACUUAAAUCUUGUAAAAAUCAAGUAGAUAGGAAGGCAAAGGAGACUUCUGAACUUGCAUUUGACCCAACUCCAGAAGCUAUUGUAAAGAAUUUGCCACAAGAUUAUUGCUCAAAAUUCAAAAAAGGAGGUUCAAGAGCCGGCCAAUUAACACAAGCUAAUGGACAACAAAUCCUUACUGGUAUUUGCUCCAACACACCACUAGGAGAAAUUCCAAAACUUGAAAAUAUGCCAUCGACCCUUAUUCUUUCCCCAAAGAAUGGUGAAAAAAUUCAGAAGAACAAAGCAUUCGAAGUUCUAGUUCAUACCACGAAAGUUGAUUUUGGAUUUUUCAGUGAUCCAAAUUCUCUAUAUAAUGCCCUCCCACAAGCAUUAAACGAUAAAGGUCAAAUCAAAGGACAUCAACAUGUUACCAUCCAAUUCCUCGGUAAUAAGGAUAACAAUACACCACCAGAACCUACUAUAUUUAGUUUCUUCAAAGGUCUUAACGAUCCAUCAAAGACUGGAAAGUUGGAAACCCUUGUCGAACUUGGUUUACCAAAAACAGGAUUAUACAGAAUGUGCACCAUCUGCUCAUCCAACAGUCAUCAAGGUGUUGUAUUGAAUGGAGAAUCGAGCACCGCCGCACAAAAAUAUGGUGAAAGAUCAACAUGCGAUUCUUCUAACAGAGUAAUAAUGUUACAAGGCCUUGACCCGAAUUCAACUCAAGGAAGAAUAAGGAAAGCAUUUGAGGAUAAUGGUUUAAAGGUCACAGUCGAUUAUCAAAGAGACGAUACUAUAGGUUACGUUCAUUUACAUUUACCUAUGGCCAAAGAAGUCGUUCAUCGUAUUACGAGUUCUGGCGGGUUAAGAGUUGGUUCCGAGUAUGUGGUGUUACGUGCUUUAGAAGGAACAGAAGAAGUGAUGUAUUGGACGGUAUACGCAGCUUCAAACCUUCCCACUUCUUUAAGGUCACCGGGUAAAAGCAAGAAAUUACUUACCAAAGGUCGUCGUAAGAUGCGAAGCCGAUCAUACCCUUACCCUUCUAUGGAUAUCGAUGAAGAUGUGGAUCAACCAUUUGAUAAAGCUUUAUCAAAACUACAAAAGAAGAAAAGUUCCAGGUUGAAGCGUGCAAUUAAAAAACCCAGGAAAAUACCGAAUAACAGGACCGCAGCGAAACAAUUUCACAUGCAACUGAAGGCUGCCAUCAAUAUGGACAUCGAUACAUCAAAUUCUCUGGUGAAGAAGGAAGGAAUAAAUAGUAGCAUGUCACGUUUUUUAUCAUCCAGUCCAAUGAUAAUUUCUGAAAGGUUAAGUGAUUAUUCAUUGCAAUCUAUUCAAGAAAGUCAAUCGUUUGCCGAUAUUAUUACCACUGAAACCACCAAUUCUAGUGGAAUGUUUGGAAUUUCUUCACAUUCUCAACAAUUUUAUCAUCGUUCAACCCGCCAACAAGCUUCUGCCAGUAUGGAGUUAAGGGAUAAUGUUUACUCUUCUAUCACGUCUGAUGAAACGGAUGAAGUUGAAAAAAAAUUCAAGUAUCUCUCAGUAAAUUCUGGUAAUGAAUUGAUGAAAAAAUUCAGUGGAGAAUACUAUCAAUGA